UUUUGUAAAGUCACUGGACGCACAGAGAAAAGCCAGCGCAAGGAAUUCGCUCCGGAUAAAUGGGCCAGGAAAACAAGGCGGCUGAGGGAGAAACGGGAAGGGGACGACGAAACCGAGGGAAAGCUGUCAUAGCCGCCUAACGUUAGCUCAGUUUGUAGAGGGGAAGGACGUUAGUUGAAAGCCCAGCGGACGGCGGCGUGCACAGAGAGAUGGAGCUGUCAGCGAUCGGGGAGCAAGUGUUCGCUGUGGAAUCAAUCGUCAAGAAAAGAGUUAGAAAGGGGAAUGUGGAGUAUCUGUUGAAGUGGAAAGGAUGGCCUCCAAAAUACAGUACAUGGGAACCUGAGGAACAUAUUCUGGACCAGCGCUUGGUGCAGGCCUACGAAGAGAAAGAGCAGCGAGACAGAGCCGUAGGUCACCGGAGGAAAGGAUCCAAAGCCAAAAGACUCCUUCUGGAGAAUACUGUCUACACCAUGGAUCUUCGCAGCGCUCACAAGACUCCAGAGAAGACGCCGCCGCGCCUCCGUCUCUCCCUGACGCGCUCGCUGGUCCCCGAGGACGAGGAUGCGCCGUACAGUGUCUGCAGGGAGGACCCGCGACCACCGCUGGCACAUCACAAAAACAAACACAGGAGGUCACAGUUCAGGUGCCUUGACUCAAACCCUCCGAGUCCAACGCAAGAGGACUGGGAAGGCCUGGGAGAGGAAGAAGAGGAGGAGGAGGAGGACAACGUAGAAGAUGAGGAGGAUAGGGAAGAGGAAGACCCAGAGGUGGCUCAGAAGGAAACAGCAGAGAAGAACAGAGGCAUUCUUAAUGGACAAGAAAGGACAGACGGGUGGACCUCCGCCAUCGGACCAGACGAGGUCACUGCAUCGGAGAAGCCUGACAACGUCUGGAGACCCAUCAUUGGUCCGGGAGAGGUGACAGUCACAGACGUCACACUCAACUCCCUCACAGUGACUUUCCGAGAGUCGAGAGUGGCCAAAGGCUUCUUCAGAGACUGGGGCCUGGAGGUCUGAAAUGCGAUGAAGUGGGAGUAGUUUGGCAGGGUGGGCAGUGUGGGAAGGACUUGGAGGCACUGGUUUAAUCACAGUGUGUGAAUGGUGGUUGAGGGCCAAGAUCGGUGUUUUCAAUUUCUCUCUUCAACCUCUUGCUCUGCUCUUCCCCUUGCCAGCUACUUCCAGUCUGGUCAGUGGUACGUUUACAUGCACAGAGUCACCUGGAUAUAAGCCGAACUUCAGUUAGUGUUAUAUUUAGGUCGAGCUGUUCACCUCUGAUACGUUGGGACUGCGUUGCCUUGAAUUAAAGGGGCAUUAGAUACCUAUAACUGUUUGUGGCUUCUCUUGGUGACCGAGGAAACGCAGAAACAUGGACAGCCAACAGUGGUCUCUAAUUAGACCAAACAUUUUCUUCACAGAGAGGAGUAAGUUAGCUACUUAGAGCAGAGAUCCAACAGAAGCAUCUUGUGAAGACGCAAUAUACUAUAUCACUACAUUCAAAAAUGGAAGAAUACUUCUGUUUUGGCUUUUUAUUGUCUGUGGAACAAAAUGUGAAACCCAGGUUGCCAGGCUGAUUGUGGCUGAGAUGCACUCACCGGCGCCUGAGGACCAAAUGUGAGCACGCUCUGGCCCAUAUAUGGCUGCCAGAUUGAAGUAGAGUUUGGGGGUGCAGACUUGGUCUGAGGAAUCAGUUCCAGUUAGCAGGAGUUGGGUCAGUGUCAGCCCCUGGAAUCUUCCGUGGUCAAACAAGUGAAAAUGGGACUUAUGAUACAAGCAUAUAAUGAUCUUUUUUUUUUUUUCAUGAGUCUUAUUUUUCCACCUUAAAGGUACCCUGUAGAGCUUUUUUUCCUAGACAAACACAGUUAUGUUGACAUUCAUUGUUACUCACCAAAAAGCUCUUGUGUAUCCUUAAGUCCUAAAAAUCAGGCUGAACUCAUUUCCUUUUUCAAAAAACAUGAUGCGUUGCGUUGAGUUUUUCAAAUAAUUUGAACCCUGUAUUGUUUGCAUCCAUGUUUGCGAGGCUCUUCCCUGGAUUUCGCCAGUGCAUUGCUACCUGUAGAUCAGUGGUAUAAUUUGAAACCGUUGGCAAGAACAUGUGUUGUACACCUGCUCGCUUGUGCGUUUACAUGCACAUGCAGGAAACACAUACCCACUGAUCAAAACAUUGCUCCACGACACUGCUAGUGGUCAAAACUCCACAGGGUGCCUUUAAAGCAGUUAACAGCAUAGGCCUUAUGCAUUACAUUUUCAUGUUCCUAUCUCCUCUCAUACUUUAAUUUUGUGACAUGGGCUCUUAGAGUUUGCCAUGUCAGAUUCGGCAAACAGAAUGAGCUGGCUUUUAUACAUUUCACGCAAAACCAUCUUUUGCAAAGUAGAUAGUAACUGCAGUCAUCAGAUAAAUCGAGUGAUUUAAAAGUAUAACAACCAGAAAAGUAGCACAAAAUUGGAAAUGACAAAGUACAAGUUCCUUACAAUUGCACUUAAGUCAGUAUAUGAGCCAAUGUACUUUGCAGCUCUGAAUGUGAUUAUAGAAUACAGACAGAGUUAUGACAUUUUCAUUUGGGGGAGUAAAUCAUGUUAGAAGAAGAAGAAAAAGAAGAGGAGGAGUCCUCUGUGCAUGUAAACAUGGCCGCUGUUUGUGUUUUUCUCUCACACUAGGCUAACCAUUCAGUACUGGACUCAAACAUAUUGUACAUACUCUAAACUACAGUGAGCAUAGCUGUCAGUCCCAUACUAACAUGCAUUGCUGUACCUGUAACCUGUAAACACAGACUGUUACUACACUACAACACGUGGCUUAGUCUUGUAUGCGUUUCAAAACCCUCUGAGAGAUGAUUUGAUCCGCCUGCAUGCCUCUUUUCCCCUAGUACAGUUCUAUCAAUGCAAAGGCAGACAGUUUAGUUUUCUCUGUCCACCUAGCUCUCCAUCUCAAAACAUACAACACACCAUACAAGUGAUGACUGAGUCUUGUACCAAAAGUAGAAAACUAGACGAGACCUGAUAACAGGAUGUAUUAUGGAAUUGCACUGUACAUCAUAAGGGCCUCUUUGUAGAGUUUGACUGGCAGUUAUAAAGGCGAAUAUCACUUCUGAUAUUUAAUCAUGAAGUUGCCAGUACCUGAUCAUUUGUGACAACAUUCAAAAGCUUUCAAUUACAUCAAUUUCAUGUCCCAAAAAAAAAAAAUCACAAAGAUUGAGUCUUUAUCCAAAAAUAUAACUAUUCUGAUCUGAAGGUGGAAAAACCUCAUCUAGAUUAUCACCAUACACUACAACUCUCUACUAAAAGCCAGACUAAUACAUUUAGUUCUGUUAACUGUUUGGCCCUUUAAUUACCGAUAACACAUAGUUUACAGUACAGACAGCUAUUUUAUUAAAUAUACUAUGAAGUCUUAUUCAUGUGUUACCUUUAGUAAAGCACUGUUUUCAGUUAGAUGACCAUCGACAUGCAGACUUAAACCUUGCUUUCAUACAGAACCCAUCGCAGCUAACAGUCGCCUUCAUUUAUUCAGUAAGUUGUGGUAAUGUCAUGUAGUAAUGCAGUUGCAAGCAAGCACCGUUUGGAAAACUCCUCUUGGCCGCUAAAAGGCAUUGCAUUCAGAAGAUGUCAAACAAUUCAGCAAGAGAAAUUUACUCACCGUCAGUGGUUCCCAACCACGACCCUUACAAGGGGUUGUGAGAUGAGUCUAGUUGGUAGUCUGCUUUAAGUCUUGGAGAUCGGAAAAUUCCCAAAGGCACUAGAAUGCACCGACAAGGAGGCUUUUCCAAGAAGACCCUCUUUGCUUUGCAUUAUCAUGUGAUUAUGUAACAUAAGUUAAAAAAGAAGGAGUAAGUGAUUGUUGAUUGGGCUAGAUGGCAUAUCUCAAGGUAUCUCAAGUCUAGCUUUCAAUCACAUCACAUGGUCUUCAUCAGCAAAUGGAGUUUGCUCAGUUGUCAUGGAAUUGUGGAUGGUGAAAUUUCUGUUUUUUCUGACUUAAAGUUUCAAACUUCAUUCUUGAGCUUGGAGACAGCAGUUGACAAAAGUCUCACCUCCAGGUUUAUUACUCGUACGAUAAUAUCAAUAGAUGAUUAUGACAGAAAUCCAAAUAGAUUUCUAUCGCUGAUAAUAAUACAAUAAUUAAAUAUCCAGGAUAAUAACUUAAAUCAGAAAUAAAUGGAAACUUGAAAAUCUACAAUUUCGUGACAACUGCGCAAAAUCCGUCCGAAAUAAACUGAAUCAUGUUGCUGCUUAGAAGGUAGGAAAUUGACCUAAAAACCUGCAACAUGCUUUAGAAAAAUGUUUAGUCGUGGUAUAAAGUAUAUGCAAUAAGUAGUUAUUGGGCUAAAACAUGAGAAACUGACUAAUAUGGUCAUUAAUGCGAUUUAAUGCAAUCAAAUGGUUAGGACACUAAAUAAUAAGUAAAUAAUCAUUCAAAAUAUUUAGAAAAAUGAAAGGGGAAAGUUUUCCCACUGUUUUACAGACUAAUUUCAUGUAACUAUCGUCAAGGAUAAACACUAAGAAGAAGACUAAUAUUGCAAAUUUAAAAAAUAAAAGCCCAAUUUUGAGGUUGAGUAUAUUGGUGUGACCCUGCUGGCUUCCUGCCCAGUGGACACAGGAGCUGAUGUGAUGUGUCAUGUCUGUGGAAUCUCCCACAGUGGCGUCCCAUUGGUCCAUAAGUUGUUUAUCCCACACUGAGGAUGAUGGGUCAGCGUCUCGUGAUCCCAAAACUGUCUCUGUGCGAUAAUGAAGCUGCAGGGAAUGGAAGUGCCUGAUGUUGCAUAAUGAUGUUAUUGUUUUGUCUGUUGAGCUUUUAGGGCUAAUGUCUCUCUCUCGAUCCUUUACACACAAACACACACACACACACACACACACACACACACACACACACACUGUCCCAGCUUAUUUGGUUUCUGUAUGUCUGAAUGCACGAUCCUCGACUGAUGUUAUUAACACUACAAAUAUGAGGAGACAUUAAAAAGGAGGAAGAUAGAGGGGGCAGUAAGGAGAAACAUGUAUUUUUUAGUCGUUAUUUUUCUACAUUGACCUGAAUGUAUAUUUAUUCUUUAAAGAUACCUGUGUAUUUGUCACGCAGAGGACUGAAUAGUUUUUAUACAGUUUGUGAUAACCACUGAGCUGAUGCCAUAUCUAAAUGUACUGACAUGACAAAACAGGCACCCUGGAUUUGACGUUGCCUAAUGUGGUCGCUUGUGCUGCUUUCGUCCACCACCGAGCGAAGAACCUUGCACUUUAUUGUGAUGUAAACCUGCACAUUACCUGUUCCAGUCUAAAAAGUGUCAUUGUGUAAAGAAUAUUUCUAUGGUAAUACUAAAAUAAAU